UCCCUCAGGACGCGCAACCCAAUCCAGUUUACUUCCAACCUCGCCAUAUUUCCCAGGUCUAUUCGAGUUGGUACCGCCUCGUUGAUACCAUACCCAAGGAUCGCCAUCAUGUACUCUACGGCGCUUCUGUUAUGCCUUUUGGCACCACUCCGGACAGAUGCUGCGCCGAGUCACUCGACCACCUCAAUCUCCCAGGCACAGAGCGGAAAGAUAGUGCCCGUUACCAAGUCUCAAUUUAACUUUAACCCCUUCCAGUUGACCAACAUCUGCUUGGACUGUGUGCGUCUGAAUACAACGGCUGCGUUCUCGUGUGAAGUCAUGUUUAACUGGUACGACCCAAACUCGAUAAAAGAGAACCCCGUAUCGUCAUGCGUCUGCAAUUACACCUGGGCCUGGGAUGGCGUGACAGGCAUUGGCGAGAACGGCACCGACAUUGACAACGGCGCAUAUGACUUGUGUUGGCAAGGCGAUAUGACCUACUUCGAGAUGCGGCUAGUCAGUUUCCACACGGCGGAGAACUUUACCCUGGAGCUGGGCCACCGCUAUCACGACGAUGAAAACUUCACUCGUCCUUGGGACUACCCGACGACCUUUGCACAGGUUGAUUUGCAGCUGCCCUUGAUCGGAAAGGCCGAGAAUAAAAUCAAGCAUUACGCCAGAGGCCCAGUCAAUGCCACGAUCUAUGGUAUUUCGGGAUGAAGCGGUGACAUGACGCUGACUGUACUUGUCAACUCCAAGCGGACUCAGCUGGCAGACAGCUCGCAAGAAUAAUUCGGAUUUUCUGGUGUGGGAGACUAGCGAUACCGGGUUUAGGAGAAGAGGACAUUCAUUUGGGUCACCAUGGGAGAGAAACUUAGUAAGGGAUUUGGGACAUUUGCUAAAAGUUGAGGGUAGU